AUGGUGGCCUCUCUAGAUAAUGUGAGAGGCUUGACUUUAGCCAUGUCAUCCAGUGCAUUCAUCGGUUCAAGCUUUGUAAUCAAGAAAAUUGGGCUGAAGAAGGCUGGGGAUUCUGGGGCUAGAGCAAGAGCAGGUUCUGGAGGUCAUUCAUACUUGUAUGAACCAUUAUGGUGGCUGGGAAUGGUCACUAUGAUUCUGGGCGAGAUAGCAAACUUUGCAGCAUACGCAUUUGCCCCUGCCAUACUUGUUACUCCUCUAGGAGCUCUGAGCAUCAUAUUUAGUGCAGUGCUCGCACACUUCAUCCUGAAAGAGAGAUUGCAUAUGUUUGGUGUUGUUGGUUGCAUCUUGUGUGUUGUUGGGUCUGUUGGUAUAGUUUUGCAUGCCCCAAAGGAGAGGGAGAUUAAUUCAGUGGAGGAAAUAUGGCAUUUUGCAACUCAGCCAGGUUUCAUUGUUUAUUCAUGUGUGGCUGUGGUUGGUGCUCUUUUUUUGAUUUUCUGGGCUGUCAAACGCUCUGGUCAUAGGAAGAUGCUCGUCUAUAUUGCAAUCUGUUCACUAAUGGGAUCACUCACGGUUAUCAGCGUAAAAGCAGUUGCCAUUGCCUUGAAGCUGUCAUUUAGUGAAUCAAACCAAUUCAUCUACGUCCAGACGUGGUUCUUCAUAUUUGUUGUCAUUAUUUGCUGCUUGGUGCAGUUGAACUAUUUAAACAAGGCUUUGGACUCUUUCAAUACGGCUGUGGUCUCUCCGGUAUACUACGUGAUGUUCACCAUUCUUACGAUUCUCGCUAACAUGAUUAUGUACAAGGAUUGGGUUUCACAGAGUGCAACACAGAUAGCUACUCAACUAUGUGGGUUCGUGACUAUUGUUGCAGGGACUUUUCUACUUCACAAGACUAACACCAGCAGCACAGAUAGACAUGCGGAGAGUGCACCAACACCUCCACCUCCACCGCCGCCGCCGCCGCCUGAUCAAAUUUGUGUGCAGGGAUGA